UGAUGUGUGAUCUCAUACAAUACCUAAUCAACAAGCGAAAACAUCGACUGCCGGUCAAAUAUGGAGUGUCUUUCAAGACCGAAGAUGCAAAGCAUGAUUAACUGUAAGUAACAGGACAAUUAUCUACCAUGGCUAAUAACACAGAGGCUCAAAGAGUCCAUGAAUUUCUUCAUGGCAUACAGCUAGACCAGUUCUAUCAGCGAAUCGUGGAUAAACUUCAUGUGACACGUUUGACUCAUUUCGCCCAUGUCACCGAUCAAGACUUAGAUGAUUUAGGAAUGUCUAAGCCUGAGCAACGAAGACUCUUUGAAGCUCUGAAGAAAUCUAAGAAAAGACCUUUGUUUGGAAGCUUUCGACGAAGGAAAAGCAAAACCAAGAUAUUUUCCUCAGAGGUAGAAGAACCUUCUCAUCCCAAGCUUUCGCCAAUGGACMCACCCCUUUCAAAUUCGUCUAGUYUAACUUGUGUCAUUGAUGAAAAAGAUUUGAUUCUUCAUCAAAUGCUUGGAACUGGAGCUUUUGGUUAUGUCAGAAAAGGAGAGUGGAUUGCACACAAGUCCAAAAGAGUUGAUGUUGCUGUGAAGUGUCUUAAGAUCUCGAAAGACUCAGCUUUUCUACAACUACAACUUGACUUUACCAAAGAAGCAAAUGGAAUGAGCCGUUUGGAUCAUCCUCACAUUAUAAAGCUGUAUGGUGUGGUUCUCUCUACACCCAUUAUGCUGGUAACUGAACUAGCUGCCUUGGGUUGUCUACUGACGUGUCUUCGUGAGGAGAAUCCAAAGUUCUUGAUAUCUCAACUUUGUGAUUUCGUCAUCCAAGUUGCUUCUGGCAUGUCAUAUCUUGAGUCACAGCAUUAUAUUCACAGGGAUCUUGCUGCUAGAAAUCUUUUAUUGUCUUCCUAUGAUACCAUUAAAAUCGGUGACUUUGGACUUAUGAGGCCACUUGGUACAGAGGAAGAUUACUACACUAUGAACCCAAAAGGGAAAGUGCCAUUUGCGUGGUGUCCUCCAGAAUCGUUAAAGUUUAGGAAGUUCUCACACGCAUCCGACAUGUGGUCGUUUGGUAUUUUACUCAUGGAAUUGUUUUCUUAUGGAGAAGAGCCCUGGCCUGGCUUGAAUUGYUCACAGAUACUACAGAAAGUAGAUCGACCCAAUUUAGAAAGACCUCCAAAGCCCAGUCAUUGCCCGUCUAAGAUUUACAACGUUGCCUUCAAUCACUGCUGGGCGCACGACCCCGCACAUCGACCUACAUUCUCAGCAAUACAGAAUAUCAUGGAGCAGAUUCGUCCCCAAGAUGUAAAAGCAAAGCGUACAUUCGACAGCAAAACUCCACAAAACCUUUUUUUUAUCGAAGGCGAUGUCGUUACUCUCAUUGAAGCAAGCACUGAUGCAUCAUGGUGGCGAGGACAAAACAAAAGGACAGGGCGAGUAGGAAUGUUUCCUUCGGACUUAGUUGGCGGGCGCUCAGAAUCAUCUUCUCCCACCAUUAUUCGAAGUGCAUCAUUCGUCAUGAACGUCCAGAAUCCAAAGUCACCAGAAGUAAGCUGCAGACCAGGAAACCCAAACUGUGACUGUGGUGAAAAUCACGUAUAUGACUUGCCAUUUGUUGUCAGUUCACCAAAGCGUAUAUCCCAAACACGCUCCAUAGACAGCGACCUGACUUUAAGCACUGAAAGUGGUUAUUCGUCAAGUUUUUCCAAUCGGCCAAACAGUGAGAAUAGUCGAAGUCAAGCUUCUUAUGAGAAUUUUACUGGUGCUCCUAAUUAUGAAUUGAUGGAACCAAAAGUCAAAACUAAACCAACGCGUCCACCACCAGUACCAGGCGAUGACUGUAAAGAUGAAGGGUCAACCACUCCAGUUUCUAAAACCAAUCGAACGCCUACAGCAGAACCAUUGCAAGAUGGCCCACAAGAGCAAGUUUCAAAACGCUGGUCAUCUGGAGAUAAACCGAGGUCAACUGGGCCGUUUACUCUUUCGCGUCGRGUAGGUGCCAAGAAGCUAAAAUCAUUUGAUAUUCCAGUAAAGAGGAUUGACAGCAUUUCCACUCCACCAUCUUCCAACGAGAUCUCAAAAAAUGAUUCKCAAUUGAGCCWUUCAGCGAAGCAUUCUCCUUCAUCCUUACGACAAAAGCACAAAAGUARYUCACCGCAAACGAGUCCCAUCCGAAGGUCAWCAUCAGACGWCUAUCAGAAGUCACCRUCAAKGGAAAUUCCACGGCGUWUUACUAGAAGUUGCUCUUCAGACAUUAUUCGAUCAAAGUCGUUAAAAGAAGCGCAGCAACUAGUGGACUCCCAAAGACAAACUAGAAUUAAAGUUUCAGAUGGUAUUGAAGCUAGAAGGUCUUCUUCAUUUAMUAGUUCCACUGGACGUGCUCGGGAAAGAACGGAGUUCUGUGAACAUUAUGAAUGUAUUCCGCGAAGUAAGAGUAUAAGUGUUGGWGACGAGAACCAUAUAUUAUGUAAAUCGCCGCAGCACGAUUCGUUCUAUGAGAACCACGAAAUAAUAAAUGUCAUCAAAAAAGCUUCRCCGGAAUGUAAGAAUGAGAAUAUUGAUUUGCAGCAUGAAUCUUCAGYUCUUCAAAAUAGUCUCGACGCCACCUUAUCUCUUGAAUAUGAGAAAAUGGUUUUUCGACAGAAAAACACYGAAAACGAAGGAAACUUUUUCGAUGAAACGUCCCAAAAKAAUGCCUAUUAUGAAAAUGUCCCCUUUGGGUAUGUAGAGAAUUUCGUAAUGAUUGAACAUUCGGAUGUCCCAGACGAAAUUUGUACAACGUUAAGCAAUUUGAAAUGCCCGAGCUACGAAAAUCAUGGAUUUGAAGAACUUACUUCUUUGUCUAAAACGGGCUUAGAUASASAGACUAACACCUGCGACCCUUUCGUUURYGAGGAAUACUCGUGUUCUUUGCCAAAUUCKUGUAAUUGGGAAAUCUGCCAAAAAAGCUUGGAUAAAAGUGGUGGUUUGAUUAUUAAGAUAGGGAAGUCGAUCACACCAAGAAURCGGAAGACAAGCAGUGAUGGGAAUUUGAAGAAUGAUGAAAGUUAUGCUAAUAUUGGUAAUUCAGAUGAUUAUCCAGUUGAUUCGUCUCAAUUCAAAGACAAAUCUAAAGAAGCAAAGUGUUCGGUGGAUAUUACAGGUGAAUUAGCAAGCAUAUUAUCAAGCCGUAUAAGUAUCAAAGAAAAUGUUGCAAUCACUGACGAUGGCAUUAAACUUGUCGAGACUCUUGAUGAAAUCGCUUGUGGGACCACUAAAGAACUUUCCUGGUCAUCUUUGCAGGAMGGAGAUCCUGAAAUAUCGAAGCAAAUAAAUACCAACAACUCGGCUGGUAGUGAUUUCCCACCUCUGAUGCAUGAAAGACAGCGGCAUUCUUCAUUAAGAAUUGCCCAAACUAAAGGAAAGAAUAUUUCUUAUGAGAAUGUUAGAAAGUCUGAUGAUUCCUCGCCAGUUAAUAUACUUGAACAUGAGUUGCAGAAAGACAAGCAAGAYGAAAGACUGACGUAUUCCACUAGACCAAAUGUGUUGUCCUUUGAGAACAAACUUGCGGCGUUCUCACUACCAUUAUCGCAACAAGCAAAUUCAUUAAUUCGAAAAGACCACAGUGAAGAAGAAAAAGUACCAGCCCUCCCUCCUAAGAAAAGGUUUGGGCUCCGAACACCAGAACGACCCAGCACGUCAAACUACCCAAGGUUGUCACGUGACUCAUCUGAUCUUAAACUGCACAUUCAAGAUAAUUUACAACGGUAUCGUCCGUGUCCUUCAAAAGGAAGCCCAAAUUAUGAAUAUCCACAGAGAGAUGCCAACGAAGAUGACGAAAUACCACCACCUCUUCCAAAAAAAUAUCAAAACCAAGUGUGUUGAUGARAUACCCGAUAUGACCUGCAACUGAUUACUGUAACGGGGUUUAUAACCAAACGACAGACAUAAGAAGGAAUUAUAUCCUAAUUGAUGCGUUUAUGUCGUGAUCUCUUGCUAUAUUCCAUUUUGUACGAUUCUUAAGGAUAUGAUACAGUAAUAGGAUUAUUUUUUGCAACGUUAGAUAAAACCUAUAUAUGUURWGAAUAGUUUMCAGCGUGAACAGCAGUGAUCAAGCAGCAUCAAGAAAAGCGCAGCGUGAGUUUUUGAUCCUUGCUAAAACACUGCUGCCUGUUUUCUAUAUAGUUUAAAAACUGAUUUUUAAAAACUCAAGUUGUGAGAUAAAGGUGUACUUUACAAGCACUGAUAACCGAUGGCUAUUCUACUUGGAGUCGUCAGUGAAACUUUGCAUGAGACAUUGAUGGGAGAUUGRAACUGUGACCUGUGCAAGUCAGUAGUUUCCAACAGGUAUCUUUACUUAUACAUAAUUGGUAUAUAACACGUGUUGUGAUURGUCAAAAAGCGUGUUUUGAUGUGAUUUUUUAUUAAGCCAUAGUUAAUAGUUCCCCUCUAUUAACUAUGUUUAGCUUACUGGAAUGUAUGAGUAUUCAGUUUUAGUAGGGCUAUCUAUAGGCUAGAUCGGCUUUUGUUCUACCUCUUCUAUCUAUGUAUUUUACAACGUCGUGUAUAGUCUAGUCCCUCAUGAUGCUUUACGAACUCGACUUCACCUUGUAAAUUGAAGAGGUGAAUAGAAACUUACACCAAUUUUAAUGUAUAUAUUUAUCUUUUUACUUCAGAAUAAAAAUUUACGAUAAAACAAAACAAAAAUAUUUGAUAUAUCGCACUUAGAAUCCAAUAGAACGAUUCAAUGCUUAAGGGGCUGUCUCUGUAAAAGCCACCAACUCGAAUCGUGCUGAAAAAUGGAUUUUUUACUCUAAUAUUUUAAAGGUUCAAACUUAGCAACAACUUGUAUCUAUUUAGUUUAUUCAAAAAUUCUUUAAGUUUUUCUAACCCGGCCACCUCGGGUAGUAUCGGUAGUAUCAAUUUCGGUAAAGACAAUUAAUGCUCAUACUCAUUAAUUGUUCAUAUGUAUCCAGCCAAUCCCUGAUUGUAAUUUGUACCACGUGA